AUGAUGAAAAUUGAUUGCAACUAUGCACCGCACAGCAAUAAAUGCAGGCGCAUGGCGAGGUGGGGAGCGGGGCGGGGCGGCGGGGUGGCUCGCGACCAGCGGCAGUCGCAUCGUGACCGCGCGUCGCGCUGUGUGUGCGAUCGCUCGUUGCACGGGAAAACGGCGCAACGCCAUCCCGCCAUGGUGUCCGUUGGUGCGUGGAGGCGCCGAUCGCCUGACGAAUGCGACGAGCGGACGGAGCCCGGCGCCUCCAGUUCGGGCGUGCCACGGGCGCCGCCUAACUGCGCCCGCUGCCGCAACCAUCGCCUCAAGGUCGAGCUGAAGGGCCACAAGCGCUACUGCAAGUACCGGUACUGCACGUGCGAGAAGUGUCGCCUCACGGCCGACAGGCAGCGAGUGAUGGCGAUGCAGACGGCCUUGCGACGUGCCCAGGCGCAGGACGAGGCGCGCGCUCGUGCGCUUGAACUCGGACAACAACCGCCUGGCAUCGAGUUGGAGCACCCGGAACCGCCUAUUGUGAAGGCGCCACGAAGCCCCGCUGUGCCGGCGCCUCCGCCCCCAAGGUCGCUCGGCUCCGCCAGCUGUGACUCCGUACCUGGAUCCCCAGGAGUGUCUCCUUAUGCGCCGCCGCCACCCUCGGUGCCACCGCCGCCGACGAUGCCACCGCUGCUACCGCCGCAACAACCCGGUCAG